AUGCAUGCAUUAUCUGGUCUUAGAAUUAAGAUAGUAGAGGAUUUUGAUGAUGCUGUCCAACAAGUGGUUGAUGUUUUGCAUGAAAGUGAUGGUAUAGAAGGCAAAACUAAAGUAUUCUACUUUUGUGGCUGGAGCCGCGUGGGUCUGGGAGCAUCUGCUGUUCUUAGAGAUGUGGCCAAACUCCUAAAAUACAGAAUAAGUUGUGAUGAUUCUUACACGAGAAAGCAUUUUAACAGAAUUGUCCAUGUGGACUGCUCCCUAUGGAAAAACAGAAGGACCAUACAGAGGGCAAUUGCAGAGGAGUUGAACCUUCACCACAUAAUGCCCAUAUUUGAUAGGCAGGAUGAAGAAGAUGAUUUCAGAGGGGUAGAUGAAAGCUCUAGAAAAGAGAUUGCAAGUAUCGGAAGUUUGAUUAAUCGGUCUCUAACGAAUGAAAGGUUUCUGAUCAUUUUUCGUUAUGAAGGAGAUGAAGACAUUGAUCUGAUAGAGUGUGGCAUUCCUGCUUUUGGUGAAGGUAAAUUGGUAUGGACCAAGGGUGGAAGAUUCUUUCAGGUCAAAGACAAACCGGGAGAAAUCAAGUUGUCCGCUUUUGAUGGUAUUGUAAUUACUUCCGAGUUCGAUUCGGGUAAAGAUGUAGAUUAUAUAUUGCACGAAGUUGCUGUUAGAAUGAUUGGUGACACAGGAAUGGAUGGCAUCAACCCAGAAACAGUUUUGGAUUGCUGCUUGUACUCAUUGUCCCUGACAGCACAGUUACCUGAAAAUUCUACUGGUGUUGGCUAUGGUUGGACUACUCAUGCUUGCAACUACUGGAUUUGUGAUGGAUUACUUGGAGAGGACAGAGCUUGGGAGGUUAGCAAUGUGUUGUAUGGAGUGAUACCAUUGUUGGACUGUUAUUCAUAUGGAAUUGGAGAAAUAAGAUAUUUGGCACCCUUUAUGGAUGAGCUGAUCAGUAAACGCUGGUGUUCAGUCACCUCCAAUAAAAAAGGAACAAAUCAUAUAUCUAAUGUUCCUCAUAGUGCAUCAUCAUAUUUCCUAACAUUUCAGGGUAAUGAUCCAGUAUAUGUACGUAAUGAUUUGUUUCAACUGGCCAGCAACAACCUUCGUGUGCUAAAACUCUGCAACUGCAGCUUCGAUUUUGCAUAUCCUCCUUUCCAGUGCUGUCAUAACCUAAGGUUCCUUUGGGUUGACCAUUGUGCAAACACAGGGAAGGAGCAAACUGGAGCGCCAAUUUUUCGGGACCUGUUGGUGUUUGACUUACGUUUCACAAAUUAUGUUUUGCUGCCUCAGAUGAUUGAGCUGAUGACCAAUCUCAGGGAGCUAAAUACAAAGGGAAUCCCAUGGAAGACUAUCAGUCCUAUUUGGAAAAAGCUGAAGAAGCUUCAGAAGCUCCGAUUAACAGAAUCUUCAGAUGUGGUCACGGUGGACAGUUGCUCUUCCGUAGAUAUGAUGAACCUGGAGCUCCUUGACCUGUCUGGAAACACUCACCUGAAAUCAUUGCCAACACUGUCAUUUGCAGGAAGCCUGAAGAUUCUUGUUCUUGACGGAUGUUCCAGCUUGGACCAGGUUGCACUUGCCAUGGAAAGAGCUCCUCCACUGCUUGAAAGUUUUAGCUUCGAUGGUUAUGGCCCAGCAGAGAAUUGGACUCAUUCCAUACAUCUGCCAGAAAAGGAAUUGCGCCUCAAGUCUCCUAUAGCUCCAGUUGAAAUACUCAAGGUGACUAAGAUCUCCCUAGAUGGCUGUGGUCGAUUGCAAAACCUUUUCUUGCGUGCAUUGCCCUGUCUGGAGGAACUGGACCUCUCUGGUACAGCCAUUAAAACACUUGACCUCCUCACAAUGGACGUCCCCAAACUCAAGAAGUUAUUUCUACUAGGCUGUGAGCAGCUUCGUAGCUUAAUCUGGCAUGGUUCACCUAGAUUAGAAGUGGUCCAUGUGGACACACAAAGGAAUGUUAGAUCAAUGAUCUCCUGUGGAGAACAGGGAUCCUUCGACAUUGAGGUAUGUAUUGCUUUUACGGAUGGAAGGUUCAUUUGGUCAUCAGCAAAGGGACUCAAUUACCAGACAGAAAACGUUCUCUCCGAGGUGUACCUUCUUAUCUCUUGUAUGAGCCGUAGCGAAGCCAACAUCACCAAAAGUAUCAAAGAGAUUGGCUCUAGUCGACAGGGUUUUGUAUCAACAAGGUCGUUUUUACCAUAUAAUGAUACUGCUCCUGCUAAAGAUGUAGCAUGCCCUUCUUUGGUGUGGAACUGUCGACCGCUUCAAACUUUGAACGUGCAUGUCGAGAUUGGUGAUGGAAGCUAUAAUUUAGAGAGUUUGCAAGAUGAAGUGGAUUUCAUAUUUUUCACAAGAACUGUUGAAUCGUUGCAUGUGCAUGACAAUUCCUCCAUCACUGUUAUUCCUCCAACGAAACAUGGGUUGUGGAGUAAACUAAAAUGGUGUCAUGUUGAGAGGUGUUCCAAGCUACAGUCUCUGUUUUGUUAUAGGCGUGUAUAUGAUGUCAGCUUUGCAUGUAUAAGGACAUUUUCAGCUUGUGAUCUUCUGUCUGCCUAUUUCAUAUGGGGUAAAGGCAUCAAUACUCAGGAUAGUACUCGUUGUUUCCAACAACUGCAGCACAUAUACCUGUACAAUUGCCCCAGGUUGGUGUUCGUCCUCCCAAUUUCCUUCACCUUGCCUAACUUGGAGACCCUCCAGAUCGCAUACUGCAGUAGCCUCCAGCAUGUUUUCCCAUUGGAUGAUGAGUACCCUGAGAGCAUAGCAUCUGGUGCCACAUUCAAUAACCUAAAGGAAAUCAAGCUACACCAUCUUCACAAGCUAGAGCAGAUAUGUGAGGCCAGAUUGACUGCACCUGCAUUGCAGGCGGUUGGCAUCAGGGACUGUUGGGCUUUCAGGCGUAUUCCGAUUGUAGCACAUGAAGGUCCUAAGCCGUUGGUGGACUGCGAGAAAGACUUGUGGGACAGCCUGGAGUGGGAUGGCCUGGAUGCCGGACAUCACCCAUCGCUCUUCGAAACACGCCACUCGGCGUACUGCAAGAAGACCCUUCCGAGGGGCUCCUAUUUAAGUUUGCAGUCCAAUGCAAACUGGGUUGCAGUUUCUGAAGUGCAAAUUGGGUUGCAGUUUCAGAAACGUGUUGCGCAGAACAGACACGGCAAACAGAACUGUAAAUUUAAACAUUCAAACUACGCGGAAGAUUAG